GGAACCGAACGCAUUAAAUUCCGUCGACGGAACGGGCGAGAAACAGAGGCCGACGAGUUAUUAAGCUUUUUGCCGUCAUACCAGCCGGUACCGAGUACUCGCGUCGUCCCGUUUGAUACGCACUUGGCACUAGUGCGCUACACGACCGACCACUACCGCCCGCCGCACCAGCAGUACACCGCCACGCCGCCACCACGCCGCCACGCCACCACGCCGCCACCACGCCGCCACGCCACCACGCCGCCACACCACCGCGUCCGUUUUUCCCGACGCUUCCCGUCCGCCCAUCACAUUACGCUACGAGGUACGAACGCGGGACAACGAAAGAUGGCGUCCACUGCCACUGUGUGACCGUAGCAGCAGCAGCGGGCCGUCACUUACCGCCUCACCACCACCACUACCAUUACCACCCCGCCGCCGACCGGCCUCAUUCAUGUUGUGAGUAUAAUAAUGAGGAAUAACAAUAAUAAUGAUAAUAUUAUUGCCGUCGUGUACUCGCAGUGUCCAACGUGCGAAUGCAAUUUAUCAUUUAAUAAAUUAUUGUUAAUCGCUUUCGGUUUCAUUUUAAACAAAAUUCGAAAACGCCGCGGUGGUGACCGCCGUUGAUUUACGUUCCUCCCCGCGGCGCUUGUCGGUCAUGCGCAGAUGACGAAUAUUCGUCAUUUCGUAUGUUUUUAAUUUCGUUUUAUUACCCGACCGUCGUUGUUAUUACUUAUAUUUCCCAACGCGACGGUGCGGCCGCUGCUUACUGCUCCGGGUGGUCGGUUUCGUAUUGUGAUGUUACGUACGGGCACUGAGUCAUGGCCGUUUUUGUCGCACUCCUCCCCUCGGUGACGACCAACUUAUUUUUAUUAUUGUAAAAAUGUUAUCAUAAUAAUAUUGUCGUUCCGGAAAUCCGUUUAAUCGUUUAUUAACAAUAUUGGAUAUUAUCUUUCGGCCAGCUCGACAAUGGUUUCCCUCCAAUUCGGUAUCGUACAACGACGGCCGCGAUCCCGACACGUUUCUCUGUCGGCCGAUUGCUUCGACGAAUUUUUCGCGACUCGAAACGGAAGAACCGCACGCGGAAUUGAACGCAGAACAAUAUCGUCGAUGGUUCCCCUCUCGACACACACUCCGAUACAUACGUCUGCAUUUAUUUUGUAUUCGAUUCGUAUAAUAUUUUAUUUAUUGGUGUGGAUCUUGAAAGUCGCGUACGACGGGGGAGGGGAAAGUGCGAUAAAUAAGACUUGACGGCGGCAGCUCUUUGCGGGAGUCUGCGGCCGGAGUAUAACUGCGCCUCUAAUUAUUCUUGUGCAAUAAUAUAGCGAACAAAAAAAAAAUAUUAUAUACCUAACUAGUAUCCGUACUACUAGACGACGAUGAACAUGCGGCGGGGAUACGGUGUUGUUAUUAUUAUCGUGUUAGUAGGUACGUCGUGGAGUUGUUUUGGCCAAGGUUGCGAAUUGCAGUUAGGUAAACAGUACCUAGCUAUUGUAUAAAAAAAAAUAAUAAUAACGCGUAGUGGCGGGUACAGAGCUCAUUACAGUCUUAAACUUAAAUUUUUUUUUUUUAUCGUGUGCAACGAUAAUACGUAUUAUAUUAUUCAGUACUUACCUGCGUACGUAUCCCGAAAACAUUAACGAUUAGGGUGUUUUUUAUAAUUUGUAUAACACGUAUUAUUAUUAUAUUGUUACAAUGAGCGGUGGCUCUCCGUUGGGUAUUUUUCGAUUGGAUUCGGGUAAAGGCUUCCUAUUUUUUUUUUAAAUAAUGUAUAUAAUUGCGGAAUUGUAAACAAUAUAAUAAUAAUAUAUUCUAAAUCGUAAGUUUUUGCGAUUCUCGUCUAGUGCAUCAUGAGACCAUAUUCUAACGAACGGACCCGGAUUGGGUGGGUACCUAGCAGGAAAUGUCUAAAGUGUACAGUUGGCUCCACAAAUCUGUACAGCACCUAUACAGUACACAUUUACCGAACGUAUUCAACAAUUGAAAAUAACCGACAAUUACAAUUUAGUUCUGUAGAAAUAUUUGUAUAACUUCUUGUUUAUAAUUUGUUAACAAAAAAAUAAAUAAAUAAAAUCUUAGAAGUUUUUAUGCUAUUCGUAACAUUUAUGCUUUUAGAAGUGCUUUUGGACAGUGGGGAGAGGCACUUGGAAUUUAAAUACAUCUAGGUAAACAUUUAAUUUGUUAUUUUUGAUGAACAUAAUUUGAAAAAGUUAAAAGUUCUGAAAGUUCACAGUUAGAAUUUGAAUUAAUAAUAUGUUUAAAUGAUAAAAAAAAUACUGUUUUGAUACUGUAGGGUUAAUACCAAGUAAUGAUUCAGCGUUUUCCUUUCGGUCAACUACACUUAAUUAGAUUAAUAAUCUCAUGUAACGAAAUUAAAAACAAAAAUGUAUUCCAUGUUUUAGAAACCAAUUUGAGAUCAUUAAUUUUCAUUAAUUCGGUAUCGUUUUUGUUUUUUUAAUGUGACCACACUCGAGCAUUCAAAUCUGUAUUAAAAAUAAAUUAUCUUUUAUGUUGUAUUUUUGUUUUCUCAUUGUACCAAAGUCUUUUUGGCGUUAUUCUUAUGAGGAUUGGGGGCAGUGAUUUUCUUUCUUUGUCUUAUACAAGUAAAACAUAAGAAUUUAGACGUGUUCUAUUUCUAACGUACUGAUUAGUAUAGUGAAGCGAUAAGAAAAAUUAUGAAAAGGAUCUAUCUGGAUCUAUUGGUUUUAUUGCGAUGUGUGAAUUUUUUUUUUUUAGUAUUUCUGAAAGAAAAUUUUAUCGUUACAAUGAAUGGUCAUUUUUUAAUUUUUUAAAGGGGUUUCAAAAUGAUUGGGGAAACCCCGAAAAAAUGAAAAAUAAAAACUGAUAAAUUUAUACGGUGUUAUGAUUUUAUUAUUAUACAUUUUUAAAUUUUGUUUUCUACGAGAAAUAUUGCUCCAAAAGUUAAGAUAUUCUAUUAUUUUGAUUACUUCUUUAUUAUUAUGUUUUGUUUUUUUUUUUAUAUAGGAUUUUGGGGGAUAAAAUUUAAAAGUAGGAGUCAAUUUCAAUUAAAUUUGACGAAAAAUAAUUCAAAUCUGUUUUUAGAGUUCACUAGACCAAUUGGUACGUUGGAAAUAGAACACGUCUAAAUUUCCAUGUUGUACCUACCUGUGUAAGACAAAUAAAGAAAUUCACCUAGCUCAAUGCCCUUAAAAACACUCUGAUACAACAAAAUACCACUGAAGUGAAGUUUAAAACCGGAUAGAUUUAUAAUUAAUUUUUGACACAAGUAUUGCAUAAUAUGAUAAGGAUAACAAUAUAGUAUUUUCACUUCAGUUAUUACCACGGUUAAAGAUAUACUGGUUACACAGCGAGGAGUGAUGGUUAUCACUAAAGGCGUGCGCUUUAAACAGAGAAUGUACGCAUGUGCUUAGUCAGUCCAACUAACGAGCAAAAUAGCAAAAUCUGCCUUAUGCAGACUGCGAAGAACUCGCUUAAUUUUAGUUUUAGAGUAAAAUCAUCUAUUAUAAAACUAAAAGAAGACAAUAUUCUGUUGGACAAGGCUAUGCGUUUUUCCUAUUAUUCUAAUUAUUAUUCCGGAUAUAACGUUUGGAAAUAACCGUAACAUUUAAAAACAACGAAAAAAAACAUUGGACCGUAUUUAAUCCUAUAAUAUAAAAUACCACAUUGGAUCGGGCCGAAUAGGGAUUCCUUUAUUAUUUAUAAAUAUUUGUAUGUUUAUAAGACUUCUAAAGUUCUUUGUACUUUAUAAUAUGUUUUCUAUUGUUACAAUAUCGUUAUUUCCACCAACUAAUAUUAAAUAAAACAUUUUAAACUAAAAUUAUAAAAUAUUAUGGUAUUUCAAAUUUAAUAUAGGCGAUAAGCAAUAAUACAAAUCAUACAUCAUGAAUUAUGGGAUAGUAUCAGUUAAUUUAAAAAUAACACGAAAAACAAAAAAAAAUAUAAUAUCGUUCGGUUAUCCAUUUUCGCCGUGUGUAUUUGGAAUAUUCUUUGAAAAUGAAUGUCUGGAGAAAAUAAUUGACAUUGACCCAGUAAUAGUUCUGUUUAUUUUAGAUUCUGAGUGGUGCGAAAAAGCUUAUGGUUUUACAAAGAUGUUUAUUUUUUUUUUUAUCUGUUAAAAACUUUUCUACCAGCAGACUUGCUCGGAUUUCUAAGUUUAAUACCUUUUCUGAAUGGAAUCGGUGUGAGAAGGAAAUCGAAAAAUGACCUCUCUAAAGUACCUCCCCAGUGAAAUUUCCUUUCAGGAACAUUGCUAUCAUUGAAAGUUGGAGCGAAAUUGUCCACAUGAUGAAAAAAAAAACCGUCAUUUUUAUUUAUUAUAAUUCGUAAAUUUUCCCGUUUUUUUUUUUUCAUUCGCUUAUUCACAUUUGGUGAGAAAAUCGAAAAAUGAAAGUACCUCCCCACACUGAUUUCCUUUCAGAAAAGGUGCUACAUAAAAGAAAAAACAUCUUUGUAAAACCAUAAGUUUCUUCGCUCCACUUAGAAUCUAAUAUUACUAUUUCUUUUCCCCUGCACAACUUUUCAACCAGCAAUUUUGCUCCAACUUUUAACGAUGACAAUGUUUCUAAAAGAAAAUUUCACUAGGAAAGUACUUUAAAGAGGUAAUUUUUCGAUUUUCUCAGCAAAUGUGAAAAACCAGGAUAAAACUUGGGAAAAUCGGUAAAACAUUAAACAAACAUUAUUAAAUAAAAUAUAUAAAGCCUAUUUAAUUAUUUUACUAAAAAAUGACAUAUAUAUAUAUUGUUAACAAAGCAUAACUAUUAACUGAACUUCACUUAGAAUCGUUUUUUCGUAAGCAAUGGUUUAUCGUUGCUUACAGGUAUGAGCCUAGAUAAAAAUAAAAAUAAUAUCUAAAUGAGAUAAAGGUAAUUUCGUAAACAGUUAUCUAGAUUCAGAUUCAGAUGAUUGUUUUUACUUUUAUCUAGAUAAAGAUAAAAAUGUUUUUUAUCUAUAUACCAUAAGUGAUAUUUUCAUUUUUUGUUUGAAAAGAACAAAUAUAUUUCUUAAUUAUUUUAAACGAAUUCUUUUAUUUUAUGACCAUUCUUUUUAAUAAACAAUUUUCUUAUACAGUGCCUUAUUUUAAUUGUUAACAGCGAUUUAUUUCUCUGUACCUACUUUUUUACUUCAAUUCAAACUGAAUAUGGAGAUGCUGUAGGUCUUCUUAAUUUACAACUAGUACGUUUACAGCUAAGCUAAUAUGCAAGUAUUCGUUCAAUAUUAAACGUUGAGUGACUAGUGUUCGUCAGCAAUUGAAUAAUAUUAUGUUAUUGUUUACAAGGCAUAACUAAUAGUAUGUUCUGAUCUAUUUAUGUUCGAUUUACCCUUCGACGACCGCCUUGUCAUCCAAAAAUAAAGAUAAUAUUAUAAGUUAUAACGGAAUUUGUGAACGUCUAGCGGGACAGUGCUGAAUGCCGAUGACUAUACUCAUUAAUUUAUAUCUAUAUAGACUUGUAGUCAUGCAUCAUAAUAUAAUAUAUUUUCCAUCACGAGCUCAUGAAAUGAUGUGCGUCGCUGGACGAAGUUUUUACAAUUUUACGUAAUAAAUAAUAAUAUUAUUUCGGUUUAUAUUAAUAGACAAGAACGAUAGUAUUUCCUUGAAACCAUUUCUAGUAACCAACAUUACAGGAGUAAAGUAAUGAUAAAUAACAAUUGCAUUCGUGUCAACGAUAAUGUGCUGAGAUAACUAUACCUAUACCUAUAUUAAUAUUAUACUAACUGUUAUUAGAAAAAUUAAAAUAUUCACGUUUAUUUUCAGAAAUAGUGUAAUAAUAUUUUGUUUGAUCAAGUGAUAGAUUUGCUAAAACAUGUUUAAUAAAAUUAAAAAUUUAAAGUACCAAACUACCAACAAAUCAAUCAAAAAUUCAAAAUUAGAAAUAAUUUAUUUUGAUAGGUAUACAGUUUAUCUUAGAUGACAAUCAGAUACCUAAUAUCUUAUAUAUCUAUAUGAGAUAAAAAUACUUUAGUUUUAUCUAGAUACUGCUCAACAUUGCUUACAGGUAUACAUUAAAUUGUAUAUAACAGUGACUGUACCCGUCCCCAUUAUACGACGUCUUUUGUUUAUUUGAAUAUAAUAUUGAUAAUGAAAUGAAACAAUAUAAGGUAAAAAAAAUUGUGUAAGUGUUGGGUAUAAUAUUAAAAUAAUAAAAUACUCGAUCAAUUUUAUUGUAUCAAUAAAAUUGUCAACAAUUUCAAAUAUUAAAUAUUAGACUCGUAAAAUAUUAAGACUAGUAUUAAUUAAUGUUAAGUUAUCAACUCUCAUUCGGUUUAGAAAAAUAUCUCGGAUGCCAUGUGAAUGAUCAAACAUCAAGGUUCAAAGAGUUCGAUGUUCAAUAUUUUGAGGAUAUAUCCUCUUCUCUUGCGAGUGUACGAUAAUAUUGAUAACAUGGAAAUUAAUAUCAAAAUAUUUAUGAUUGUUAAAUUAUAUUGAAUGUGUCUUCAAUUGUACCUACCCAUAAACCUUCAAUAUUAUUACAAACUAUAAUUAACUGAACUACGCUCAGAAUCGUUUUUUCGUUAGCAAUUGUUUAUCGUUGCUUACAGCCAUACAUUAAAUUCCCAUCUGUAUCCCACCUUCCCAACUUUUUUAUUAUUUUUUGCAUAGAAUGAUAACAGUAAAAAUAUAGGUAGGUAAAAUUUGUGAUAUGCAGAAAUUUGGAUAAUCCAAAAAUUUUAGAUUUCAAAAUCAGAAAAUUCCAAUUUUAUGUAUAUAUUAGUUUUUCGAGUUUUAUGAAAAUACAAAAUUUUAUUUAUAAUUAUAUUUCCAGAUUUUGAAAUUUUGGAUUCUGAAACUACGGGUUAUCGAAUUUCAGUAAUACAGAUUUUUCCCACCAAUAGGUUUACCUAGUAACAUGGUAGAACUAAUAAUAGUACAUUAUAAUAAGCAGUUGGUAUUCUAUAUUGAUAUUUAAACUGGGCUAGAAUGUACCGACCUUUUAGAAAUAGACUGAUCAAUUAAAUCAGGGUUAGUAAUAUACGUGUAUAAAACGUUUUAUUCAACACAUAUAAUACCUCCAGAUUAAAUAUCUGUGGUUAUUAAUUAUCAAUAUCAAUUAACAAUUAUUAUGCAUGAUAUUUGCUGUUCAGUACAGACAAAAAUAAUUUUUAAUACAGUAUAAAACAUAAAAAUAGUAGUUUUAUACUUUACUUGUAUUAUAAUAUGUUGCAAUCCUGAAAAAACUGUCAAUUUAAAGACUCGGACCAAGUAGCCUUGCUGUGCACUGAUGGAGUUCAUUCAUUUUAAAUUUUAAAAAAGUACUUUAAGUCAGUGAAUAGAAAGGUUUUUUUAAUAAAAAAAAAGAUAAAAUUUAGUUGUUGUAAAUUUAAAAUAAUGUACCUACAUUUUAUUAUUAAAAAUUAAAAUAUCCACAGAAAUCAGCCAUAAUGGUACAAAAUAUGCACUAGAGACACUAAGGUACCAGCCAAUAAUGAAAAUAUGUGUAAUUUUAAUUUAGAGCUAUGACAAAAAUUUAUCUGCCAUUUCCUAUUAUUUAUAUUCAUGUUAAUAAAUAUUAAACUCAAGAAAUCUAUAGAGCUAAGGUCUUUUGUUAUUUUUUGAUUGAAGCAAGAUUUCUGGUAAAAAAGUUCUUUACAGAUACAAAAAACAAUAAAACCAAUAGAGCCCUUGCUACAUUCAAAGUCUAAAAACAUUAAUAUACAUAUAUAAUUGUUUAUGAAUUGAAUAAAAUAGAAAAUAUCUUUAAAAUAAAUAAUUCAGGUGACAUGUAACAUUGUUAUAACUCAUAAUAUUUAAAUAAACUGAACAAUAACAUAAUAUUAUUUCUAUUAUGUAUAAUAAUGUUAAGGCCUUCUUAAUUACUUAAUUAAUGAUUUAUUGAAUAAUAUUAUGUAUACACUAUACAUAAUAUUAAAUAAUAAUAUAUAAUGUAUAUUGUAUUUGUACAUAUGUCAAUAUUAUGAUAUUAAAAAAAUAAUUGUUUUUUUUUUUUUUUUUUUUUUGAAAAACAUAAUGUAAUUAAAGGUAUUAAUUAAAUACACUUUUAAUUUCAGGCUAAUAAUGGCGACCAAUACUAAAAUUAAUACUGUAGGUGAGAAACCUCUUGAAAAUCAAGAUUUGAAUACAGUUUGUACAAAUUUGGAGUUUUCUGAUGAUAAAAGAUUACAUCCACCAAGAAAAAGAUGUCUCAGCACAUCAAUUAUUAUAAGUCCAUCACCAAAGAAAAAAAAGAAAGAUAGUCAAAAUAUAAUACCCCCAAAAAAGUUUUUACUUGGUGGUAGUAUUUCUGAUCCACUUAAUUUAAAUAGUCUGCAGAAUGAAGAUAUUAAUAAGUAAGUAAAUAUAUAAUUUAAUAUUAUUUUUUUAUUAAAAUAAUUUAAACAAUCCAAUAUUUCUUUUUUAAGGGCAAUGAAUAUGACUCCUAAGUCGUCACCUCUUCAUUCAAAUACAAUAAACAUAAAAAAAGAUCAAGUGAAUGUUAUAAUUCCAAAGAAUGUAUGUGAUCCAUUAGAACUCAGUACAUGUAAUGAAGCCAACAAAAUUUGUUCGGACUUAGAUAUAUUAAAACAAAAAACAAUUAAUACAUUCAAAUUGAGAAAAGUUUUUUCAACAUCAUUAUCAUCAUUAUCAUUAUCUGAACCUGAUUUACUAAUUGAAAACACUUCAGAAAAUAAGUAAGUUCAAUUUAUAUUUUUUAUUUACUAAUUUUAAUUUAUAUUUAAAUAAUAUUUAUAUAAUGAAGAAAUCUAUAACAUAGAAACUUAUUUUAUAUUAAUCUUACUACAUAGAAUUAUUGUAAUAGGUUCAUAUAAAUAAUCAGUAUUAAAAUUUGGUACUUUUCGGUUCUCCGGACUAAUUUUCCAGUUUUCUCAAUCAGUUAUCUCGACUACUAUAGCUCAUAGGUAUAUUUUGGUCUCCUGUUACUUACCUGUGGCUUUGCUAUUAAAUCUGGAUUUAUUUUUAGUAUUUGUGUUUUAAAAGAAAACUAUUAGUGUGAGUUGAAGUUGUAAUUUAAUUAAAUGGACAAAAUAAUUAUUUUGUUAAAGUAUUACCCAAGUACAUAAUUAUCUAUAAACCAAUGAAAAGAAAAGUUUGUCUUCAAUUAACAAAAGAUUAAUGGAAAUAAUUUUAAUACAUCUAAUCACAAUUAUAUUAGAUGAUCAACUGUGCAUGACAAAAAUUACAUCUGUUAUUUUAAUUUUUUGUACAUUAAAACCUUUAGUAGUUUUAAUAAUUAAAAACAAUUAUAACUAAUAAACGAGUAUACCAGGUGAUCCGUACACUCAUUAUCUCGGAAAGUAUUAACUUUUUACGGAAUUUGUUUUCUAGAACAUUUAAGAAACAAGCAGCUCUACAAUUUUAUAUUUAUGUUAUGUUUUGUCACCCUUAUUUUAGAAGGUAAAAUCACCAGUGGCGUAAUUGGUUGUUUGUGGAGGGAUGACAUUUUUUACAUUUUACUUAGUAACCCUCCUCACAAAAGAAAAAUUGUAUUUAUCAUAAACACCUUUUAGUGCAAUAAAUGUAUGUACCUAUAGCCUAUACAUGUGAUAACCUGAUCAUAAUGUAUUGAUCAGAUAAUCUUAGGUUACUAUAUACAUAUGCAGUAUGUAUUCCGCUAAAUAAAUUUACUAAACAUACCUAGCAUACCUAACAUACCUAUAUAAGCAGUAACCACACAGCAUAUUAUACUGUUUUUUUUGAGAAUAUAUAAUUUACUGCUUAUAGAUGGAUACUACAUAUUAUAUAAAGCUCAUUUAGAGGGUCUAAAUGCUGCUUUUGCUGUAUUUUAACGUAGGAAAAUUGAUGUAAAAUGGCCUAAUAAACAAUAGGUACCUAUUUUACAAUAAUCACAUUUAUGAAAAAUUAUCGGUUACUGCCUUUCACUUUGGCAGGACAGUAUUUAUGUACAGCCAGCACAGGGAAUUUAGGUUUUUUUGUACUUCUAUAAAAUAUAGACUAAAUAAUAUAAUAAUAUUUAUAGCUAAAUAAGUACAUAAAUGAAGUCCCCUAGUCUUUGUACAUAAAAAAAAAAGGUCUUGGGGGGGAUAUGACACCCAAAUCCUCCCUCUGUGUAACUAUGCCACUAAAACCACUACUUACUUUUGGUAACCCCUAUACUAAAAAUGUCAUAAACAGAUGGAGUAUUAGUUAAAAUAAAUUUUGGUGUUGACAUUUUUGAUUUGUGUCGAGUCAUUGAUGAGAUAUUCCAUUUGGAUUGAAGGAGAGUAGUGGUGCAUUAUUAACACACCGUGUGCCAUAUCGCCACAUAAAUGAUACUCCACUAUUCUCUUCCAACCGAAACUUAAAAGUGGAAUAUCUCGUUAAUGGAUUGACAGAAAUAGAAAAUUUCAACACUAAAAUUUAUUUUAACUAAUACUCUAUCCAUUUAUUGACGUUUUAAAUAUAGGUUGCCAUUUUAAAAUCAAAAGUAGGUAGUGGUUUUACUACUAAAAAUAACAAACAUGUAAAGUUGUAGAGUUGCUGUUCUAGAAAACAAAUUCCAAAAAGAAAUAAUACUUUCUGAGAUAGUGAGUGUACCCACUUAAAUGGAUCACAUUGUAGACAUGGUAUUUAAUUUUUAUUAAGUAAUUUAUAUUUAUUUUUAAAUUAAACACAUACAUUUUUUUAAUAAUUCUGUAUUCUCAUUUUCAUGUACAAAAUUCAAUUUCUUUUAAAAUUUAGUUUUGGAAGUUUAUCAAAGCAGUAUAAAGUUAGACACAAUUGUUACUAUACAAAAUUUGUUUAGAAUGUGUGUUACACUAAUUUUAUUCAAAUAAUAUUUUAAUAACAAUGCAUUAGAUGUCAAAUGUUUUGGAUUUUAAAUGUGUAAAAAUACGUACUAAAUUUAAGGUGAUGGUUUUAAGUUGGAAUUGUAAAGAACUAUUAGAAAAUUAUAGGUAUAUUUUGUUAGAUCAAUCUUUUAUCAUUGGCUGUGUUUUGGUGAUUGACUUUGUUAUAUUUGUUAAACUACUUGGUUAUUUUAUUUAGGUUAGUGACUAUAGAUUCACAAUUUAUUAAAAAUAAAUAAUUGAUAAAUAUAUUAUAUUCUUAGAUAUUAACAUUUAUUUAUAUUUUAUACUGUAUAAAUGUAUUAUCAUCAAUUUCAAAGGUAUACAUUAGUAUUUUUAAUUUUUCACAAAUUCAAUAAUUCAUUAAUAGGAGACCAGAUUAUAACAGACAAUUUAUAUAAUUUGUAUAUACAUGAUUUUUGGUACUAAUUUAACUAUCUUUUCUUCAGAUUGAAUAUUAAUGUGUUUUUUUUUUAUUUAUUUAUUAAUUUAUUUAAUAACUUACCACUUUAACAUUACACAAACCGUUUUCAUUUGAGUUAAUUUUAAAGCUCCUCAUUAAGACAAAAUUAAAUAACGUGUUCAUAUGAUUUGACAAUACUAUUAUUUUAUAAAAUACACUCAAAACCAAGAUAUUGAACAGAGAAUUAUGAUUUUACAAAAAAAAAAAGUACCGACUGGAUAUCCCUAAUUUAUCAAUAACCGUGCUUUUUUGUUUUGGUUAUGAUACCUAAAAGUAAUAACAAAGAUAGUCGAGACGAACCGUUUAUAAAAUAUAGUAACCAGGUUACAUUUGGUUAUUCAUCAUAAUACGCCUAUCGUAUUUUAAAUGGUAUAAAUUGUGAUAAUUUAUCACUGAUAACGGUUUGUUCCGAAACUAUCUGUUUUGCGUUAUCUUAUUUCCGUUAUCAAAGUAUAAUAAUAUUAUGUUCCUUAAAAAAAAAAAUUUUCAUUUCACAACUAUUUUUUUAAAAAAAAAACGUUAAAAUACAUAAGAACAAGUUUGGUUAACAUGAAGAGAUAUAUUGAAGAUGUAGUGUUUAAGUAGGUAUUUAAAAUAGAUAAGUUAAAUUAUGAUAAUUAUAUUACACUCUCUAGGCACAUAAAUACUUAAUUAUUGUAAGUUUUUUUAUGAAGUAUUAUAAAUAAUUAUUAAAUUGCAUUUGUUUUUCAGUUAUUUACAGGAAAGAAAUAAUUUUAAUAAUAUAAAUUCUUCUCCACCUAACAAAAAGUCUAAAAUUGAAUCAUUUGAAACCAACAAGAAUAACAUACCUUAUGUUGUGGUUGAAGUUAUAGAACAGAUUAUGCAAACAAUAGAAAAUGAAAUUUCUGUUCAGUCAAUAUCAGAGGCCUGUGUUAUUCCAAUUCUAGAAAUUCCUAUUGAAACAGUUAUUGAUAAGGUAAUUAUACCAUGCAAAAUGGUGUCAUCAUCAAAAAAAAUCAUUAAAGAUUUAAAGGAAACUGAGUCAUCUGGAAAUAUAAAUCCUACUAAAGAUCUGCAGUCGUCAAUUUCAGAAAAACUCUGCAAAUCUCAGCUGGUUAUUGAUGAGUCAUCGUCUAAACCAAAGACAUCAUUUAAACUAAAACAAAAAGUUUAUAAAAAUGAACCGAAGUUUAAAGAAAAAAAUGCAAUGUUUAAAUAUGGAAAUUAUAAUAGGUAAGAUAAUAUGUUAUUUUAAAAUCCAAAAUUAUAUUAAAUACUAGUGGUGACCCUGUAGUUUAGCACAGUUAAAAAAGUAAUUCUAAAAUGAAAAACUCUUAUAACUCUUUAAUGUUGAAUGGAUUAAAUAAUUAUUAAAAAGUCACAUUAAUUUAGUUUAAUUAAAAUGUAUAAGAAAAUAUUGUAAUAUUAUUGAUAUUAUAUUUUAUGACAUAAUUUUGAAUUACUUAUUAAAUGUUAUUGUUUAUACAUUUUAGUUUUUUUUUUUUUAGAUAUUAUGGUUAUCGUAAUCCUGAUGAUGAAGAUAUUAGACUAAAAGUAUUAGCUGACCGUGUAGAUUUAUUUUAUGGCAAAGAUGUGCUAGAUAUUGGAUGUAAUAUUGGUCAUGUGACAUUCAGUGUUGCCAGAGAUUUUGGUGCAAAAUCAAUUGUAGGAAUGGAUAUUGAUCGUAAACUAAUAAAUAUUGCACGAAAAAAUGUUCAAUAUUACAUCAAUGAUACAAUUCAUUCUUCUUACCCAUGCCAGUCAACAAAUUACCAACUUAAUGAUUAUGCUUCGAAUAGAAGUCAUAAUCUCAAUAGUGAUCUGUUUCCAAUAAGUUUACCUAUGCUUUAUGGUCCUAUAAAUUUACCUGGUUUGACAAUAUCUGGAAGAUUUCCUUACAAUGUUUCCUUUGUACAUGUUAGUAAAAAAUUUUAAUGUAUAUUAAUUAUCUAAGUUUAUGUUUUAUAAUUUAUAACAGGAUGUUUUUUUUAGGGAAAUUAUGUAUUGGAGUCUGAUUCUAUGCUCUUAAUGGAGACCUGUAAAUUUGAUGUUAUUCUUUGUUUGAGUAUUACUAAAUGGCUUCACUUGAAUUGGGGUGAUGAUGGCUUGAAACGAGCAUUCAAACGUAUGUAUGCACAGUUGAGACCAGGUGGAGUGUUAGUUGUAGAGCCACAGCCAUGGAAGUCUUAUGGACGGAGAAAAACAUUGACUGUAUGAUUAUUUUUAAAAUAAUUUUUAUAAUAAAUUAACAUUUCUUAAUGACCGCUUUACAUGUAAUUUUAGGAAACAAUUUGGCGAAAUUACAAGAAUAUUCAGUUCAAACCAACAAUGUUCACUGAGUACUUAAUAAAUGAAGUAGGCUUCAUUAAUUGUGAGACUCUUCCCAUGCCAAAUCACCCAUCAAAAGGAUUUCAACGGCCCCUUAAACUAUAUAGAAAACCAAAUAACUUAGUCACUAGAAAUGUUCCCAACUGCACAAUCCUUAAACCUAAAGAAACCCAAAAAUUAUGAGCAUGGUACUGGAAUAAUUAUAAAUAAUUUAUUAUUUAUAACUAUUAUAAAAUAUUUGAAUUAUUAAUUUUAUUAUUCAUAGCAAUUCAAGUGAACUUCUUAUAUGUUGACAAAGAUACUACAUUUUUUAAAAAUAUGUUUCAAUUUCAAAAUAUCUUAUAUUAUAGUACAAAUUUUAUUCAUAGUACAAUAUGUUUGAAAAAUUAUUAUUAUUAUUACUUUUUUUUAGAUUGGUAGUAUUGUAACAGUUUGGUUUUAUGAAACAAUUUUAUGUGACUAUAAUGAUUUCUAGUUAAUUCAUAGAUUUCUAUGUUUUAAUAUUUAACUUUACAUAAAAUUGUUUAGUUUUUUAGAAACAAUAUAAAAUAUAAUUUCAAAUGAUAAUAUUAUUCAGUAACUAUUUUAAUAUAAAUGCACUAUGCUAUUUCACACAUAAGUUUGGUUACAUUCUUAUAUUAUAGUUCAGGGCAAAAUCAAAUAUUUUUAAUGCUUGAUAAAUUAAAUGCUAAACCUUGAAAUUAUAUUGUAUUUUGUACUAUAAUUGUACUGAAUGCUAUUUGUAAUAUUUUAUGAAAUUAAAAAUAAUUUAUUCUUGUAGACAUGACACACAAAUUUUGUAACUUAUUUAUAAGUUCAGUUUUGUACGCAAUUUUUUUCUCAAAAUGUAUUGUCACUUUUGCAUACAUAUUAAUGUAUUUCAUGAUAUAUAUUACAAAACACCUGUAUUAUUUUUUAUACAUAGCAUAAUUAAGUUUGUUAUAUUACAAAUGUGAUUAGAUUCUAAAAUAUUUAAAAUAAUCUGAAAACUAGUUGUAAAAACAUAUGUGAUUGUAUUUUGUCUGCAAUUUGUUUUUUAAGACCCCAAGCCGAAAUUAAAUUGUGAUUUUAGGUUAAAUUUGAAUAAAAAGAGAUGAAUAUUUUCAAGACUUAU